UCGAUGGAAUCCUCGACCACACUUGAAAACUCACUCACCAGUUCGAAUUCCUGGCGCUACCUAGUAACCUCAUCCUGUUCUGCUUCUGCCCAUCGACCACGACCGACAUGCAUAUCGAUCCUGCGAUGGCGGGCAGAGUCCUGAAGCUGCCGCACACUUCUUCUCUCGCGCCGGCAAACGCUCGCUCCUCCUCCGGCAGCCCACCGUGCGGUCUACCAUGCGGCCGGGUGCUGCCGGUGCGACCGGGCAGAGCUAAUUCCUGGCCUGCCGUGGCGACAGCAGUCAGUAAGAGCAGGCCGCAAGUUGGAGAAAAUGCUGCAAUCAGCCUGCAAAACCUGGUAUACAUGGAUGGAGCUCUCGCAGUCUCGUUAGGAUUAGUGAAUGGCACGGGUCAGAGGAAACCCGAACAGUGGCCCUCUUCCCACGACGACACGGCAGAGGUGGCUACGGCGGAGCCGCCCUUGCCGGGCUCCCACGAGGUUCGUCCGUGCUUCCCAACGUAUCCGCCGAGAAAUAUGCACCGCCAGCUUUCUACGGUGGAUGUGCUCGAGAAGAUUGGAAUAUCUCGGCAUUUUGCUGUCGAGAUAAAGAGUAUCCUGGACGUGACAUACAGCUGCUGGCUACAGAGGGACGAGGAGAUCGUGCUGGAUCUGGAGACAUGUGCCAUGGCGUUUCGCAUCCUACGGAUGAACGGAUAUGACGUCUCAUCUGAUGACCUGUCUCAUGUUUCUGAAGCCUCCAGUGAUUUCAGUGACACGGUGUCUUUGUUGGAAUUAUACAAGGCUUCACAAGUUAGCAUUUCUGAAGAUGAGCUGAUUCUAGACAGUAUAGGAUCCUGGACAGGCUGCCUGCUGAAAGAACAGCUGAGCUCUAGUCCGGUGCAAAGAACUCCACUCUUCAGAGAGGUACAACAUGCUCUUGAUAGCCCCUUCUACACCACGCUGGACCGUCUAGAGCAUAAGAGGAACAUCGAACAGUUUGAUGCUAUGGAGCAUCAGAUGCUAAAAACACCAUACUCGCCUGGCCAAACAAGCCAGCAGGAUCUUGUAGCUCUGGGCGCCAUGGAUUUCAGCAGGAUCCAAUCCGUUUACCAGCGCGAACUCCAGCAUCUCGACAGCUGGGUGAAAGAGAGCAGGCUGGACCAGCUGCCGUUCGCGCGGCAGAAGCUGGCCUACUUCUACCUCUCCGCCGCCGGCACCAUGUUCCCGCCGGAGCUCUCCGACGCCCGCGUCGUAUGGGCCAAGAACGGCGUGCUCACCACGGUCGUCGACGACUUCUUCGACGUCGCCGGGUCGAAACAAGAGCUCGAAAACCUCGCCGCGUUAGUCGAGACUUGGGACGAGCACGAGGAAACCGCCGGCGGGUGCUGCUGCUCCUCGGAGCACGUCGAGAUCUUGUUCUCGGCGAUCUACGGCUCCGUGAACGAGCUCGGAGCCAAGGCAUCCGCGGCGCAGGGCCGCGACGUCACCGGGCACCUAGUAGAAAUCUGGCAGGAGCUGCUGAGGUCGAUGAUGACCGAGGUGGAGUGGAAGGAGAGCGGGCACGUGCCGACGGCGGAGGAGUACAUGGGCAACGCGGUCGUGACAUUCACUCUGGGCCCUAUCGUGCUCCCGGCCCUGUACUUCGCCGGGCCCAAGAUUGCGGAGUCCGUCGUAACCGGCCCGGAGUACAACGAGCUGUUCCGGCUCAUGAGCACCUGCGGCCGUCUCCUCAACGACGUGCAGACCUACGAGAGGGAGUACGUGGAGGGGAAGCUGAACAGCGUGUCGCUGCUGGUGCUUCGGAGCGGCGGCUCCAUGACGAUAGAGGAGGCGAGGAGGGAGAUGCAGGGGCCAAUAGACGCGUGCAGGAGAGACCUGCUGAGGUUGGUCCUCAGGGAGGACAGCGCCGUGCCCCGGCCCUGCAGGGAGCUGUUCUGGGACAUGUGCAAGACGUGCUAUUUUUUCUACUCCGGGAGCGACGCCUUCAGCUCGCCGGACCAGAAGGCCGGCGCCGUGGACGCCUUGAUCCAUUUGCCCCUUCAGCUCGCCAGCGGGAAUCUGCUCUCCGGUCUCGAUUUUUCUGAUUCCUUGUGAGUUGUCACCGUAGCUAGAGGAGGGGAUAAUUUCUAGAAGAUGGAGCAUUGUCUCGUGCGUCAUGUCUACAGUGAGUGUCAUUACGCGCACGGUGUAAUCCUGAGCAAAGAUGCCUCCGUAGUACAGUACUUACUGUAAUCUCGCAACCUCGUUUGUUCCGUCAUCAGUUUAGUUGAGCAGCAGCAGGCCCGCACCCGCCGGCCGCUCCACUGUCCACAGAGAACAAAAUUGUUUAUUGCGUUUA